AUGGAUAGAAAUGGCUAUCUAAAUGAUAAAUCUCUAUUUGGAGCUAGUUCGAGUAGAUCCAUUUAAAGAAAAUAAACUUCUAAAAUUGGUAGUUAAACAUCUCGAAGCCAUUAUAAUACUAGCAUAUGUGAAAAUGAAAGGGGAACAUAAAAUUGUAAAAAAAUAUUGACUGAAUUUUUGGAAUAAACUCGUAAUAGAUAAUGUAAUUAUUAAUAUUAAUUGAUAGCAACAUUUUAGUUUUUAGAUCAGAGAAAUAAAUAAUCUUAAAAUCAAUUGCGAACAACAUAGAAUUCAUCUGGAUUUAAAAUUAAAGGGUUUGGAACAACUUAUUAAAGGAAAUUAGCAUCUGUUGUUCCAUUUGAAAAGGGAGUCACAAUCAACUCUGAUGAAAACAAAAGAUUAAUGAUUAAAGAUGCUGAAAAAUAAUUUUUAUCUUAAGUUAAUGGUUUAAACAAAUAAGAGAUUUUAUCUAAAAUGGAAUUAUUUAUUACAUCUUAAUUACAAGAAGAUUUUAAAGAAUUAGGUUAAUUAUUUUAGAUAUUUAUGAGAGAAGUUCAAUUAAAUCAUAUGGGUAUAUAUAAAUUAUAGGCAAAUACUUUUAAAUAAUCAGAAAUCUAUUAAAAUAAUGAAUUAGAAGGUAUAAUAAAAUAAUAAAAGAUUGAAAUCUUGUUUCUAAAAGAAUAAAUAGAGGAAUUAAAAAAUGAAUGUAAUAAAAUAAAAAUGGAAAGUUCAAAAAUUAUGGCUGAAUAAAGAGAUUAACUUAAUAAUGAACGUAAUUUAAUUAAAUAAUUGAAAUAAAAAAACCUUGAAUUUGAGAAUAAGACUAAAAAAUAUAGAUUAAUUGAUUUAGACAAUUAAGCAAUGUAGAUUAAAUUAUAAUUUUAUGAAAAUAAAAUAUAGAAAUUAGAUAAAAGGUAAAGUAAAGGUUCAGAAUCACCUUUGGGUAAAGAUAAAUCUAUAACACAUUUAAAUUAAUUGAUUAUUUAAUAAUAAUAAACAAGUAAAAGAUCUCUUUCAUCUAAUAAUACUUUAAAUCAUGAUAGUUAUUCAUUAAAUUAGAUAUAAAUAAAUUAAGAGAAAAUUAUAGAAGUUAGAUCUAUGGAAAUAUAAGUGGAAAAUGAUUUAUUAAUUAAUUUUUAUAAAGAUUCAGAUGUUCAAACAGAACUAUAAUUAAUUGAUUAUAAAUAUGAAGAUAUUUCAUAAGAAAUUAUAAAUUUAGCUUUGGAAUUCAAUAACUUUAAUUAAUAGAAUAGUUAUCAAAUUAAUUUAGAUGAAAUUGUAUAAAAUUAAACUGAAUGUACAAAUACUCCAUUAAAUUAUGAAAUUUUAUCUGAUUCAUCUAUAAAAUCUAAUGGUAAUAAUAAUAAUAAAUUAUUUAGAUUUUAAAAAUACAAAACCAUAAUCUUAAUAAACUACUAGAUAAUCAAUAAUGCAUAGAUAAUCUAUUAAAUAAUCAACACAUAGACCAAUUGAAUUUAAAUAGAAAUAAAUAGUUUAAUUCAUUAAUUUUUAAAAAUUUAGAAUAACUUAAUUGAAUAAUUAAAUUGAAGAAUUAAAUUAAUAAUUAUAAGAGAAUUAUUAGAAUAUUGAUGGAAUUAAUAAAUUGAAUUAAAAGCUUGAAAAUGAUAAUUUAUAAUUAAAAUUAAAUAUUAGUGAAUUAACAGGAAAAAUGUAGUAAAUCAAAUAUGAUAAGAAUUAUAUUGAAAAUGAAAAUUUAGAGAAUAAUUAAAUAAAAUCAAUUGAUGUCAAAACAGUUGGAAUAAUCAAAUAAAAAGAAAUGUAAUAAACAACAGUAAGUAAAGGACCAUUAUUAGGAUAAAGAGUAAAAAAUAUUGAUUUUAUAUUAGAUAACAAUAUCAUAUGAUUUUUAGAAGAAUUAAUCAAAAUAUUUAAUUGAAAAAAUUAAACAAAAAAAAUUAGGAUAGAUAUAAAAUACAAUACCUAUAAAAUUAGUAUUAAAAUAUAUAACAACGCUAUACUAAGAAAAACUAUAAAGUUAAAAAGAAAAUAAACUAUUAAAAGAUUAAGAUAUGGCAUCCUUUAUAUAUAAUUAUUAUCUAAAAUAAUUUGGAUAUACAAAAGUAACUGAAUAAAAAUUUCUGAUUUUGUUAAUUUCGAUACAAAAAAAUAUUGCAAUUGUGAGAGUAAAUGUUUUUGCAAGGUUUUUAGGAUUAUUAGAGGAUAGCUCUAAUUUCAGUUUAGAAGAAUAGAAAAAAUAUUUAGAAGCAUUAGAUUUAAUUAAUAGCAUGACUAAUUAUGGCACAACUAUAAAGAAUAAUGAAGCAAAUAGUUAAUAAUUUGUUCCUUAUAUUAGAGCUUUAGCUUAUUUAGAAUCUCUAUAUUAUUUUAAAUCUCAAGAUAAAUAUAUAUAACUUAAAAAAGAAUUGGAUUCUAUUGUAGAAAAAGAUGUGACAUAAUAAAAUAGAGAUGGAGUUUUAGAUUUUGAUUAGAUGAUGUUAAAAGUAUUAAGAUUGUUUAGAGAUAAUGUAUAAAAUAUAUAAACAUUUGUAAUAAAUGCAUUUAAUGCAAGCGAUUUAGAUGGAAAUGGUAUGUGUAAUUUAGAAGAAUGGUUAACUUUAAAUAAAUAUAUUGAGAAUAAAAAAUAUGAUCAAAUUAAAUUAUCUAGUAAAUUUUAAGAAAAUGCUGAUUUGGUUUGUGAUGGAGAGAAAUAUUUAUCAUUUGAUCGUUUUUCAAUUCUUUGUUUAGAAUUAGAUAUAUUUAGUGAUAAUUCAUAGAAUAAUUUUUUAAAUGUUUAAAGUAUAUUAUAUUAGAUAUAGAGUAGAUAAUGAAUAAGUUGAAUAGAAAUUUGGAUUAUUAAGAGAGAAUUGGGCUUUUGAAUAUUAAAGUUAAAUAGAUAAAAUUAAUCAAUCUAAAAUGGAUGAAGAAUUAAAAAAUAAAUGGCUUGAAAUCUUAUCUGUUUUAGAUGAUCAUAUAGUAAGUAAUCCUGAACAAAAGAAGCCAAUUUUAAUAGCAUGGUAAAUUUAUUUAUUGGAAACAGAAUUCUAUUUUAAUAAUUAAUAUGAAGAAAUUUAAGAAUGA